UGGUAUCAGUAUCGCCAAAAAAUGUCAAGAACCAGAAGUAGUUAUUAAUGCUAUCGCUUCCCAUCACCGGGAUUUCCCGGCCAGUAAUCUUUAUUCUUUAAUUAUUUUGGCGGCGGAUAAAUUGUCGGCAGCUCGCCCCGGUGCCCGUGGUUAUCAACUAGAAUCCUAUGUUGAACGGAUGAACAAUUUGGAGAACAUCGCUAAUGAAUUUCCAGGUAUCAAAAAAAGUUAUGCUUUUCAAGCGGGGCGAGAAGUAUGA